CCUAGAAAAAUUUGGCAAAUUCUCUGUUGGUGUAUAUCUAACCUUACACCACAAAGGUCAAACCCUCUCUCUCAGAGGCAGUUGUUGCAGCCAAAUUUUUCUCCUACUUCCUCUUAUCAUAUGGCCCCUACAUCAAGAUUCCAAGGCUAUGUAUAAUUUCCCUUUGUUCUCUACUUACUCUACUAUAUAUAGCUACUCUUCUCAAGCCUUGUUUUCUUGAAUUCCCCAACACUAUUUGCUGUAUAUAUUUUCCUAUUUUCAUCAUCAUCUUCUUGAUUCAAAACCCUAUUACACAGAUGGAAGAUCAUCACUCUAUGAACUCUAUGAUGAGAAAAUCUGUGUCUUCUGAUAAUACAAGAGCCACUUCUCAUGAGUCCCCUGAGGAGAGUAGUUGGACUAUGUACUUGGAAGAUUUCUUGACAAGCAAUAAUGAUGAUGGGGAUGAUGAUGAACGCAGUUCCUUCUCCUCAUAUGUUUAUGAAAACUCUUCCAUAAUCUCCGAUGCCGCUUCUGCGGUUACCAGAAAGUUGAGUGCUAUUAAUGGAGAAGUUUUAGGGUUCGAUAAUAGAUCAAGUUUCGGAUUCGACAGGAGAAAAACGAAAGAAGCUUUGCUUGAUGAUGCUUUGGAGGAUACGGCCAGCUCUCCGGUAAAUAGUCCCAAGGUUUUUAAUCUAAACCAGUCAGAUGUGAGACCAACACAGCAAAACAAUAACACAGACAUAUCUUAUACG